AUGGGCCGCUCCUUCGGAGGUCGGGUACUGGCUGCGAUGACCCUAAUGGGCAUCCCGGCCGCGGUGCUGGUCGCGCUGGCUGCGCAGCUGCUGUUCCAGCUCCAGGCAGGGCGCGCGGAGCUGCGGGUCGUGCGCACCGACGGGCUGCAUCCGGAGCUGGACCCCGAUGCCGGGCUACCCGAAGCUGCUGCUGGGGCAUUGCUACCGCUGGCGACGGCGCUGGCCGCUCUGGCACAAGUCCUCGGGCUUAGCUGUUUGCUGCUCGCCGUGCUCUGCGGACACUUGGGCGCCGAGCUGGCACGCGGGCCGGGUCCCGGCAGGUCGGACUGGUUUCUCUAUGACUGCCGCCGCCUCAGGCACUCGGCGCUUGGCCUGUUCUGCUGUGAGGUCUCCGUCUACUUAGCAGCACUGGCCAUUUACGCCCUGCUGCUGUUUGAGAUCGAGGCGGGCGCAGCAGCUGCAUCCAUCCUGGGCUCAGGUGCCCUCAUCCUGGUGGCAAUAAUGACGCACACCCUGUUCCGGGCUGUUCAGGCUACUCGUCGUGGCCUCCGGGAGCUGUCCCCACCAUCCUUUGAAGAUGAGCCAGCCCAGCCUUCAGAAGACUCCAAAGCUGGUUGCAGAGCUCAGCCCCAGCAGGAUGAGGAAACGGAGACCCCAGUAGGGGCUGUGACUCACCAAGGGUCCCAUUUCUGAGCAUCAGAAUCUGAACUUGCACCCAGGUCUUGUGACCCCACUCCCAUGUUCCUGGAAGAAGGCUCAAGUCUUAGACUUCAACUCCCUGGCACUCCCUGGGGAGCAACCUAAGGCCAGGGGCAUUCAGGAAUGUCUGGUGUUUGGCUGUGGGUCCAAGGCUGAGUGUGUCUCCUUGCUGUGUCUUGGUUUCCUUAUCUGUAACAUGCAGACAGGGGAAGAGACACAGGAAGAUAUACAUAGUAGAUCCUCAAUUCACAUUA